AACAAUCCUUUACUAUGUACAUGUCGUGGGCUCUUUUUGUUGGCUAAAGUUACGUACACAUUCACUACGGUCGUUUUUUAAAGUAAGCUGUGAAUUCAGCGGAGUGCUUACAAUACAGCGGCUGAGAGUUUUACCUGCCCAUUCAUUGUGAUUGUGGCUAGAAGCGAGGCUGCAGCAGUUGGCACAUCGGACGCUCUCGCCUUUUUAAAUUUAAAUAAUUUUCUGUAACUACCUUAGAUAAUACUAUUCGAGCUGGUAUAAGAUCUAACGAAGUAAUAUCAAAAACUCGCAACGAAUUCCUGGUGUUGAGAAGUAUCUAGCUUAGUUUAAAUUGAGACUGUGUAGUGACUGGCUGAGAAAAUCUCCGUUGGAACGAUAAGGGAAUAAAAAGAUUUCAAUUGAGUUGCCUAGUAUAUUUUGUUAAUUGCGUGAAACAGCGCAGCUAGAACUGGAAAAGCUUAAAACUGGAGAAACAAAACCGAGUUAAACUGAUUCGAGACAAAAUGGUCCUGGCUGAGAGAAACUCAGAGUUGGUACGGAAUGGGAGGCGAUCACGCGGUCCAAGUCCGAAUGGUCACGGCGGCAGCGUUGCUGGUGGUACAGUAGGCGGGAGUUCCAAUAUUGGUAGUGGGGGUACUGGUGGUGCGGGAACUCCGGAAACUAGUUCCGAUGAUGAUAAUUCCAUUAAGCGCAACGGAAAGUCAAAAAAUAAACAGAGCGAAUAUGAGGAAAAAAUUCGUGUCGGUCGCGACUACCAGGCCAUAUGUCCAUCUCUUAUACCAGAAAAUGAACGUAAACCAGAAGGUCUUAACGAUCGCGCCUUAUUAGUUUGGUCACCUACUAAAGAGAUACCAGAUGCGAAACGUACUUCAGUAUUUGCAGGUUUAAAGGAUUUACAGGAAAAGCACUUUAAGCCUCUAAUAAACCUUGUGUAAGGUGUCCUACGGAAAUAGCAUCCUGUAAAUUCCUCCAAAUCCUGACGUACCUGGGCUAGGCUUAUUAUUUUGAAUAUUUGAAUUAGAGAUGGGCACGUGAGUAAUUUUGGC